AUGAGCUCAUCUGGAGGCCCGUCGGGACCGUCAACGUCAACGGCUGGCGGUUCAGGCCAGGCGUCCGGGCAGCAGCUGGUAGCUGGCCCGAGCAACACGGCUCUCGUUCCUGCUGCCGCUGCUGCUCUCAUUCCUGCUGCUCCGGACGUUCAGCCGAUGGAGCUGAUUGGCCGGCCCACGAACGCCAAAUACGGCACGCUGGGCCGGCCCGUGAAGGUUCUGGUGAAUUUCUUCAAGGUGGAUCUGCGCAUCCCCUCCUCGCCUCUCGUCCACUACGACGUGCGCUUCUCCAAGGAUGUGCGCAGCAUGGUGGUGCGGAGGGCCAUGAUGAAGGCCAUGUACGACCAGCACCCGGAGACCUUUCCCCAGGACACUCUCCCCCUGCUGGCAUACGACGGCCAGAGCACCCUCUUUGCCCUGCGCCCUCUCAAGAUCCCGUCGCCCAAGGCGUUCCCUAUCAAAAUUAUGGACGAGCGACCCACACCAGCAGCGCGAGGCGAUGACGGGGAGGCGGCACUGAAGAGGCCGCGCAAGGAAGAUUCGAGGCCGCCGCGAAUCAAGGAUGAGCUGGACAUCACUCUCACGCAGGUGGCGGAGGUAGAUCUCUCGGCCAUCAAAGCGGCCAUCACCCCAGCGUGCACCUCUGCUCCUGUCUUUGCCCUGGACGCCCUCCGCGCUCUCGAUGUGAAGUUGCGGGACUAUGCUGCGCAGCGCUUCCUGCUGGUCAAGGACAAGUUCUUUGACAAGAGCUUUGGUCGAGUGGCCCCUCUCCCGGGCGGUAUCGAGGCAUGGACGGGUUUCAACGUGAGCUUCAGGCCCAUCCACAACGCGCUGGCGCUCAACCUGGACAUUGUGACAGCAUGCAUGGUGCAGCCCAUCCCUGUGUUGGACCUCCUCGGGUCCCUCCUCAACCGCAACCCGCCCGACCGCCUUUCUGACGCGGACAGAAUCCGGCUGAAGGGCAUUCUGAGGAACCUGAGGGUGGAGGGAAGGCCUAGUGGUCAGAAGCACAAGGUGUAUGACCUCACACGCGAGGGGGCUGCCGACCUCAGGUUCAACAACCGGCGCAACAACGAUGAGAGCCAGAGCGUGGAAGAGUAUUACCAGCGGCAGCACGGCAUCACCCUGCGCUUCCCCCACCUGCCCUGCAUCUCUGCGUCCAACCGGCCAAACAGGCCUUGCUGGGUGCCCCUGGAGCUCUGCAGCGUGGUGGACGCACAGAGGUACCUGCGCCAGCUGACGCCCCAGCAGGUGGCAGCCAUCGGCAAUCUGCGCCUCAAGCCCGACAAGCGCCGCACCGACAUUGCCAACGCGGUGGGAGCAGCGGGGCUCGCGAACAACCCUCUCUUGGAGGCCUUUGGAAUGCGCAUCCAGCCCAACAUGAUGCAGGCGGAUGGCCGCCAGCUAGAGCCUCCCGUUCUGCAGUUUGGUGAGAAGGGCACCUUGCAACCUCGCGACGGGCAGUGGAACAUGAACGACAAGCGCAUGUUUGCACCAGCCAAAAUCGGAACGUGGGCAGUGGUGUGUUUCGACCACCGUGUGAGGGACCCCAUGCAGGUGGCGACUGCCCUCAAGGAGUGCUGUGCGCGCAAGGGGCUGGUGAUCGAGAGCCGCCCAGAGGUGAUUGUGGAGGACACGCGCAGAGAGACGCCUGAGAAGCUGGUGGAGCGGGUGAUCGAGCGCCUGAAGCAAUUCAAGCCUGCUUUUGUUCUCUGGAUCCUCGAAGUCCGGAAGACCAGCCCGCUGUACGCGCCCAUCAAGAAGCUGUGUGACACAGUCAUAGGCGUGCCCACGCAGUGCAUCGUACAGCCGCCAGGCAAGGGCUUUAACGACCAGUACCUCACCAACGUGGCUCUCAAGAUGAACAUGAAGAUGAGGGGAGUGAACUGGGUGCUGACAGACACCAUCAGGCGCUCCAUGCGCCCCCUCAAUGAGAUGCCCACCAUGGUAUUCGGCCUCGACGUCUCCCACGGUGCUCCGGGCAGCCACGCUCCGUCUGUCGCUGCUGUGGUUGCCUCUAUGGACCCCAAUGCCAGCAAGUACGCGGUGCGGAGGCGCGCACAGCACAGGAGGCAGGAGACAAUUCUCGGCCUCUUCGAUGCAGAAAGUGACACUGGCGGCAUGCUCUGUGAGCUGAUGAAUGAUUUCGGCAAUGCCAACAAGAUGGGACCCAAGCGCAUCAUCGUGUUCCGGGACGGCAUCAGCGAGACGCAAUUUCCAACAGUGGGGGCAACAGAGCUGCAGGCAUUCCGCAAGGCGUUCGAGUUGACGGGCAAGAAGGUGGGGGUCCCCAACUUCCGCCCCGCCAUCACCUACAUCGUCGCACAGAAGCGAAACAACGCGCGCUUCCUGCCGUCCCAGGGCGACCGCAAUGUGCAGCCGGGGACCAUCGUGGAUAAGGAUGUGACCCACCCUUUCUUCUUCGACUUUUACAUGGUCUCGCACAAGGGGCUGCUGGGCACGAGUAGGCCAGUGCACUACCACGUGCUGCAUGAUGAGAAUGGGUUCACUGCGGACGAGAUUCAGCACCUCACGCACUCCCUCUGCUACAGUUAUGGGAGAUGCACUCGAGCCGUCUCCACUG